AUGGCGCCUGGAGCCUACUCCAUCUGCCUGGGACCCUACGUAAGUGUGAUAGGUAGAAUCUCCCUAACAAUCCUGAAUGGACAGGUGCAUUCCAAGGAGGGCUUCAGUUCACUGGAGAAGGUCCUGCUGCUCACGUUUCUCUCGGCAGUCAUCCUGAUGGCCAUCCUGGGCAACCUGUUGGUGAUGGUGGCUGUGUGCAGGGACAGGCAGCUCCGGAAAAUAAAAACCAAUUAUUUCAUCGUAUCUCUUGCCUUUGCGGAUCUGCUGGUUUCAGUACUGGUGAUGCCCUUUGGUGCCAUUGAGCUGGUUCAAGACAUCUGGAUUUACGGAGAGAUGUUUUGCCUUGUGCGGACAUCCCUAGACGUCCUACUAACAACGGCAUCAAUUUUUCACCUGUGCUGCAUUUCCCUGGAUAGGUAUUAUGCCAUCUGCUGCCAGCCUUUGGUUUACAGGAACAAGAUGACCCCUCUGCGCAUCGCAUUAAUGCUGGGAGGCUGUUGGGUCAUCCCCAUGUUUAUCUCUUUCCUCCCUAUAAUGCAAGGCUGGAAUAACAUUGGCAUAGUUGAUUUGAUAGAAAAAAGGAAAUUCAACCAGAACUCAAACUCUACGUACUGUAUUUUCAUGGUCAACAAGCCCUACGCCAUCACCUGCUCUGUGGUGGCCUUCUACAUCCCGUUUCUCCUCAUGGUGCUGGCCUAUUAUCGCAUCUACGUCACUGCUAAGGAGCAUGCCCACCAGAUCCAGAUGUUGCAACGGGCAGGAGCCCCCUCAGAGAGCAGGCCCCAGCCAGCAGACCAGCAUAGCACUCAUCGCAUGAGGACAGAAACCAAAGCAGCCAAGACCCUGUGCAUCAUCAUGGGUUGCUUCUGCCUCUGCUGGGCUCCAUUCUUUGUCACCAAUAUUGUGGAUCCUUUCAUAGACUACACUGUGCCUGGGCAGGUGUGGACUGCUUUCCUCUGGCUCGGCUAUAUCAAUUCUGGGCUGAACCCCUUCCUCUACGCCUUCUUGAACAAGUCUUUCAGACGUGCCUUCCUCAUCAUCCUCUGUUGUGACGAUGAACGCUACAGAAGACCUUCCAUUCUAGGCCAGACUGUCCCCUGUUCAACCACAACCAUUAACGGAUCCACACAUGUACUGAGGUACACAGUUCUACACAGUGGACAUCACCAGGAACUUGAGAAACUGCCCAUACACAAUGACCCAGAGUCCCUGGAAUCAUGCUUCUGAUUGAGGACGUGACUCACCACUUGGUCCUUCAUUUCCAUUCAUGUUUGUACAAACAAGACACCUUGGCAUCAUGCCUGAUUCUCAUCAUCACCAGUAAGGCACGAGGCAGUGGGGCCGAGGGCCCAAUGAAGGUACAUGGAGGAGAGUAUUGGGCAUGACCCAAGGCCAGAGCAUCGAGGAUCUCCGAGUUGUGAAGGGACUCCAGGCAUCUUCAGAGCCAGCCUCCUACCCAAAGCAGAAGUAGCACUUUUCAUGGCUCCUCUGGAAGUUGGUCGAUUUCAGUUUGUUAGCUUCCAGGGACAAAAGCUCCCUGCCCCCUAAUGCAGUCCUACUGUGCUGUGAAAGUCUUGAUUCUAAAGAUGUUCUGUCUGUUGUUGGAACACAGCUCCAGCUUCCAUCAGGGACCAUUCCAUUGUCUCCCUCUUCCCCCUGAAAGCCCUUACAUAUCAGAAGACAAUGGCCUUCCAUCCACCACUUCUUUCAGUCUACCUUCUUACUAAACAUCUCCCAUUUCUUUCCCAUUCUGGCCAUCUUCUCAUGGGUGUGCUUUGGUGGGUGAACUAGCACUCUGGAUGAAGUUCAGAUGGUAUCCAUGCCAGGAUGUCAUUCAGAAGCACUGAAAGACUGACAGUGAAGCAUCAUGAGUUUUUGUUUACAGUCAUGAACAUUUUAA